AGGCUCGUGACUUUGCGUACACCACAUUUGUAACGUUGGAUAGUAUUACCUAGCAGGGCAAAAAUGCGCGGUGGCAUCAAGAGGUCUCGCACAGGGUGUGCUCGCUGCAAGGAAAGGAAGUUAAAAUGCGACGAAACACGACCACGUUGCAUCCGCUGUCAGAAGAGAAAUACAAUCUGUCCAGGUUAUAGCCAGUUGACUGAGGUCGCUACUCCUGAGCCCUUCUCUCAGUCAGAUUUCUCAACGUCUGUUCCUGUCGACGACACUACCAGCGUUGGUCAUCAUGAUAUCUUUGACUUCGAUCCUCUAGCAACGGACUCUAUCUUCGAUGUACCGUGGUCUACUGCUGAAGACCAUGACUGGGAAGACACCAGCCCCAAAGUCUUCGAGGCCACCUCAUCCAUCACUAUACCUGCUACGACAGCCACCGCGGCUGCGUCAAUUGCCGAUAAUGGUGUCACUUCUUCAACAUCGCUCAUCCGCCGUGGUCGUUCUCAAUCUUUUGCUGUCGAGGCAAUCAGGAAAUCUGCCCAGCUGGACCCAAUGAGCUCAUCUGAAAACCCUUCUCGAGGAAUGAACGACUAUUCAUCACUCUUGGUCGAGUAUUACUUCAAAGAAGUGGCAGGUAUCUUUUCCUGCUACGACAGCCACUUCAACCCAUUCCGAUCUACGGUGUCGAAACUAUGGCAGACUUCCAAUUCUGUCUUUUACGUCCUGCAGAGCAUGGCAGCUGCCUGUUUGUCCGACGUGGUGCCGAGUCUGCACACAGUUGGUGACAAGUUGCGACAUGCUGCGAUGACUUGUGUCGAAGCCGAUAUUCGUGACUCAAAGGUCGAGACAGGGUCAUUGUUGACUCUGAUCAUGCUUGGUCUUUCAGCCAGUUGGCACAAUCCGAACGAUCUUGGCCGCGAACACUUCAACCAGGCCCGCACGAUCAUGGCUGCAUUGACGACCGGACAGACGCCAGCUUUCCUAGAAGUCAACAACAAACGCAACUUACAAUUCUUCAAAGAAGCAAUGAUCUACUGGGAGAUGCUCUUAUCCUAUGUCAGUGACGUCUCGGUGGCACUUCCACUUACACAAGGCCCUGAAAUAUCAAGCUCCGAUUCUCACGAUAUGCUUGAGCCAAGUUUCCCACAUCCCUGGACAGGAGUCGCAAGAGAAGCUCAAGUCCUUGUCUUUGAGGUGGGCCGCCUGGUCAGGAAGGAGCGGCAACGCAUCAAAAAUCGGCCCCUUUUCACAUCCUUGGCCGACAUUGACGAGAGUUACAAGGUCAUCAAUAAAGCUGAGGAGCUCGCUCAAAGGCUGCGAGGAUUACAAUUACCUGCAGAGGAAGCAAUCAUCAAUCCAGGAGACGUCCAAACACCCGUCAAACAUCUCAUUACCAUCGCAGAACUAUAUCGUUUGACUGGCUUACUACAAUUAUACCGUGUCUUCCCGGAUCUACUAUCAGAUUAUGGCACUGACCGGGCGCAACUGGAUUUCUAUGAUCCAGACAGAAUCUCUCCAGAUGGCAUGAACCAAAGGCUUACGGCGUUUGCAGUGGAAAUCGUGGACCUCCUCAGAACACUUCCUAUUGAGUCGGCCACCAAAUGCGUGCAGCCAUUCUUCUUCGUGGCAGUGGCCAGUGAAUUGACUAUUCCGUCGGCAUCAGAACAGACCAACGGGCUCGUGGAGGGCAUAGAGCCAGCGGUAGCUGGCCCUAGCGCCGUCGAAGUGCUCGAUGCCAGGAAGUUCGUUAUUUCAAGGCUCUCGACUUUCGAGCACGUACUCCCAGCCAAACCGCUGAGGCAGAUGAUACAAAUCGUGACUCUAACCUGGGAGCACAUCGAUAAGGGUAUGGCGGACGUCUAUUGGAUGGAUGUGAUGACAGACAAGGGUUGGGAAACGACUUUGGGUUGAUGGUAUCAGGAACAAACCCAUCUCGCGGGACAUGACGCCGGCAAUGAUGACUGCUAUUGCAUCCCACGACCCUGUCGGUACUUCCAGGCCGAGCUGCGCAGGCGUCUGAAUUUCAGCCUUGAUAUUUGCCAAGUCGUUAGCAUUCCCGUCUCUGGACACCAUCUAUUUUGGCCCUGCCAAUAGAUUGUCACAUGUUCGAGGUACACUGUAUAUGCAGUGGACGCGGAGUCAAGGCUAGCCUAAACAUGGAAGGGUGGUACGCCUAAUGACCCACCACCAAGCAUUUGUUUCAAAGGUUUGAUAGCAAGG